CGUCACCCGCGCUUCUCGUCCAAUCGCAGGCCACCCCAAAAAGUUUGCGCGUUCCAGACUAUAAGAGCCUCCAAACUUCCCUUCAAGUUUGAGAAACACCUCCGUGACGCACAAGAGGAGCAAGGGACCCCGUUCCGCCGGACAGAGGGAAACUAUAUCACUUGCGUUCUCCAAACAUCAGAGGUGAUGUUUGAAGAAGAGCCGAUGCAAGAGGAGCCCAGCUCCCCGGAGUCUCCAGUGGACAGCCUAGGGAACAGCGAGGAGGAGCCAGACAGGCGACAGCAGAAGCGCUGCAGCAGGAAAAGACGCCAGAGCAGGAAGAGCGGCGACGACGCGGAUAGCCCAACUUCAGGGAAGCGGAGCAAAAAGUGCAGCAACAGCGGCAGCGGUAGCGGCGGCGGCAGCCCUCAGUCUCUGGAGGAUCUGCAGACGCAGCGCGUCAUGGCGAACGUGCGUGAGCGUCAGAGGACUCAGUCUCUAAACGAGGCGUUCGCGUCGCUGCGCAAAAUCAUCCCCACGUUACCCUCGGACAAGCUCAGCAAAAUACAGACGCUCAAGCUCGCGGCUCGGUACAUUGAUUUCCUGUACCAGGUCCUGCAGAGCGACGAGCUGGACUCCAAAAUGUCCAGCUGCAGUUACGUGGCGCACGAGAGACUCAGUUACGCGUUUUCCGUCUGGAGAAUGGAGGGCGCGUGGUCCAUGUCAACAUCCCACUGACGCACUGCCGCGCGCUUUUGGUGCAGCAUGAUUCUCGGCCCUGAGCAUCGAGUCAGAGGAGCUGAACCCACCGGAAGAGCGACACCAAACAAGGGCGAACAUAAGGAUUAUAAAGGGAAGGUUCUGGAGCGUCAUGACGUCGUUGCGAGCACUUACAGUUGUGAACCAGGAAUUACAAUCAGACCUGUGCUGUUGUGACGGUGAAUGUGGAAAACAUGUGCUUCUGUCUGUAGACCAACAGAGAGACCCGCUGACCCGCUUCUGACAGCAACUGGCGUCAUAUUUAUUACAGAACGAAUGAAGGAAAUAUGGAAGAAACCCGGCUCAUAACACGAUCUUUGACUGGUCCUAGAAAAGACAUUUAUUUAUUUAUUAUUGAUUGUCACAAUGCAGAAUAGAUCUGGUGUCUAUGCAUUUUCUAUUUUAAAUACGAUGUAAAUAUGUGUAUAUUUUCUGCAAUAAAACAUGGUUUGAAAUGUACUUAUUGUUAUUGCAGUUUUAUGGAUGAUGGAUUUGAAAAGUAGGCUAUAUGAAAACAAACGAAAAUAAGCUUUUGCACAUAAACAACUGCAAUAAUUAUUCGAUACGAUUUUUUAUUACUUUUUUUUUUAGAUUACAUCUAGAAGGAAAGACUCUCACCAGCACAUAUACAGGCAUACUCAACUCAUUUAAAUAUUGCAGUUUUGUUUUUUAUAUCAAGAUGUUGUUAUGAAAAGUAAGGAAAGGAAAGCAUUUGAAACUGUUUACCAAUAAGCAUGUCGAAAAUUAAAAUAACGAACGUUUAUUCUAAGCCAGAACUGAUUCUUAUCUUUUGCUAUUUGUUAUUUAAAUGUUUAUUUUUGUUUAGCAGUAAUGCUUUUUUAAAAAAGCUAAACGAAAUAAAUGCAAAAAUGGGUCUAAUAACUGGACAAAAUGGGUUACACAGAAAUUAUGUUUGCAUGUUAUUUUCUGCGAUAACACGCCAGGAAAAUAAUAACAUAAAAAAAUAAUUAUGAAGACAUUUGUGUCGUUUGCGCGGGUAUUUUAACCCAAAAGGAGAACAUAUGACAGGAGGUCUGCAAAAGCGUUUAGGAUGCUGUGAAGAAUCAUUUGACGGGCUCCAAACAUGUAUGGAAUCCCCAGAUGUCUAAAGAAGAGGGGUCAGGAAGGUCACGGAAAGGUGCAGCGGGUCAAAACCAACAUUUAACAAUCAAGACUCCUGUACUGUAUCUAUAAAUUAAAGGAAUAAUUAAGAAUAGGCUAAUCCUAUUUAAAAUGCAUUUAAAGGAGGAAAAUGAUUACUGAAAAAAAAAUGAGGAAACGGGAGGUUUUGAUAUAAUUAUUGUAAAGUAAAAUACUUUAAAACCCAUCGCGAUCAUCUCAGACAGCCACUAGAAACCUGCAAAUAUUUUUUGCAGUAUAAAAUUUUAAAACAAGUCUAGUUUUACGAGCCCCAGAAGCAGGGUGUGAUUCGGGUUGAUCUGGCGUUCGUUUGUGCUGUCACUGAUCUCUCCAAAGGUUUGCAUCGGUUUUCAAAUGCAGCCUCGAUCCAGGAGUUUGGGGACUUGGCGAGGGAGAGAGAGCGAACGCGAGAGCUCAGGCACCUGAAUCAAACUUAUUUCUACCAGAUGUUGUUAAUAUUUUUCUUAACGUCACGUGAAUAGAACAGAUGCUGAGUUGCACAGACCCGCCUUCACUGCACGCAGUCUAACACAAAUAUCCUUUGAGUUCUUAAAAAGAAGUUCGACUCGAUUGGAUAAUGAUGGGAAACCUGGUUUUGUGUGUUUUGAAAUGCAGCAAAUGGACGAGGAAAAGGCAAGGAUUCGGGAUUUCUGUUGGAGUAUUUCAGGGAUUUUAUCAUGCAUUGAGGAAAUACCUCUGGUAAUUAUUUAUCUAAAACUUUGCAUCUGGAUUCGGUUUUAACUCGGUGUGUCUCAAGUUGUCAGGCUGAACAUGGAUAUACUGCGAUUUUGUGUUUUGGCAAUCUAGUGCUUUUCACUCAAAUAAAGAAAUGUGAAUUAUUAUUUCGAAUGCAAUGUUCCUGUUUUUUUAUGCAUGCUCAGAAAACAAAUAAAAAUAUCUUCACUGCAAAAUCAA